AUGCGCGCAGCUUCACGUCUUCUAGCAAGAGCCAGCACUGUAGGCACGCCGUCCGGCGGCCUUGGUGUCGUUCCUAACGCCCUUCUCCCACCAAUCCCGCUCUACCGCCGUGUACUUCGUGGACACCGCAAGCACCUGCCACCAGAGAUGCGUGUAUUGGGCGACGAAUAUGUCAAGAGCGAGUUCAGGGCACACAGAGGCGUCGACAAUCCUAUCCACAUCGCUAGNAUCGGUUUCCUCACAGAAUGGCAAGGAUACGCCCAACAGAUUGAGGGCGAGAAGUGGAGAGGAGAGAAGAUGGACAAGGCAAAGAUUGACAAGAUGAGUGACGAGCAGAUUGCCCAGAUGUACGAGCUGAUGCAAGCCAUCAGAAAGCAAGAGCUGGAAGAAAACGAUCCCGAGUUCCAGGCGGCUACCGGCCAAGAUCCUUCCAAGCAGAAUUAG